AUGGCACUGCCACGAUACUCGCUCGACGAUGGCGCCGAUGACGACGAGGAGGUGCUGGACGAGUCGUAUCGCUCCGUGGGCAGCUCGUCACGACCGUACGCGGCUGCGGGUGGUGCGAGCUCGUCCUCGCAAGCCUCGGCUAUUCGAGCGGGAUCUCCUUCGUUCUCGACAUCAGGCUCGGCGGCGGAAGCGGGGGCUUCGAGCUCGGCGGCGGAAGCGGGGGCUUCGAGUCUAGACAUUGAUGACCUGCUGCGAUCCUCGACACCGACCAACUCGCAUUCCACAGCGCAAUCCGCCAAGGGCUGGCCGCACUCGUCGUCGUGCUCGAUCGCGCGCAUUUCGGCAUUCGAGCAGUUGACGCUGUUCAUGGCCACGCAAAAAGCAGCGCCCGAGCUGCUGCCCUUCCCCACGUCGGCAUUCGAGACGCUGCUCGGACAGAUGGAGCAGCAACAGUCGAUCGUCGACUCGCUACUGCAGAUCGGCAGUACAGCCGACCAGGACGAGAUUGACGAGGAUGAGUUCCUCCGCCUCAACAUGGUGCAGGUCGAUCUGGAACGUGCAAAGUGGCUCGUCAAGCUCGUCACACGCACACGGCUCGACCUCGCGCAAAAGUUCGCCGGAUUCAUCCACGCACGCCCCGCACAGAGGGCAAAGCUCAAUCCCACAGAGGCCAGAUUCGUGCAAGACUAUUGGCAGUUGAAGAAGGACCAUUUCAAUACGGCUGUUCUUGGCUUCUUGCCCGAACAGCUUCGAGAGAUCGAAGCGCCAGGUCAGGACACUUUCAGCCAGCAGGACACACACCAGGCAAACACCUCAACCAACAUGCGACCCGAUCUGGACGGACCGGUGUUUGUGCGCUGUCUCGACGAGUGUGGAACGAUCCAACUUCCAGACGGCGAAUCGGCCAUCCUGGACAAAGAUUCAAUCCACUUGCUGCGGUAUCGCUCUGUCCGGCACCUUGUCUAUCAAGGCUCUGUCGUUCUACUGUAA